AUGAAGUUGCUCUCGACACACCUCUGUACUUUAGCCACUGACCACCACCCUUCAGUGAAUGUUCUGUUUGCCUUCGCUGCUGGCUUUACAGUAGCAAAUCUCUAUUAUAACCAUCCCAUCCUCAAUCUAUUGGCCGCGGAUUUUAAUGUGCGCUAUGAGCAGGUUGCGCAGAUUCCUACCGUAAUGCAGGCUGGAUAUGCAGCUGGACUAUUAUUCUUGUGCCCGUUGGGAGACUUGUUGCCCAGACGGCCAUUCGUGUGUGGGCUAGUAGGCUUCACUGCGACCUUGUGGCUAGGACUAUGUCUGACAUCAGACCUCGGAACCUUCACUGCAAUAUCCUUCAUCGUAGCGGUAACAACAGUAACGCCGCAGCUUAUGCUGCCUCUAGUUGGUGACCUAGCUCCUCCGUCACGCCGCGCAGCAGCCCUCUCCAUCGUCGUCUCCGGCCUCAUGCUUGGUGUGCUCGUCGCCCGCGUCCUCUCCGGAACGAUUUCAAACUUUGUUACCUGGCGCGCAGUAUAUUGGAUGGCUUUUGCCCUGCAAUACGUCAUCUUUGUGCUUCUCUGGCUCUUCAUGCCCGACUAUCCUGCAACCAAUCCAGGCAUGAAUUACUUCCGAAUCCUACUCGAUAUUGUUAAAAUGCUCUUCCGCCACCCUGUCCUCGUUCAAGCAUGUCUAGCGGGACUCUUCUGUUCAGCUCCCUUUACAUCCUUCUGGACAACUCUGACGUUCCUCCUCGCCGACGAUCCGUACAAUUACUCUUCCCUCACAAUCGGACUCUUUGGUCUGAUAGGCAUUGCAGGCAUGCUGAUCUCACCCAUCUACGCCCGUACAGUCACCGACCGCUUUGUCCCGCACUUCUCCGUCCUCUUCGGUCUUACAUGCUCGCUCCUGGGAGUUUGUCUAGGCACAUACACUGGAACUUUUACCGUCGCUGGCCCCGUUCUACAAGCCCUAUUAAUGGAUUUCGGCAACCAAACCGCGCAGAUUGCAAAUCGCUCUAGCAUCUACUCUGUGGAACCUAAAAGGCGGAAUGGCGUAAAUACCGCUUUCAUGGUCGCGACAUUCUGCGGUCAACUUAUUGGUACCGCAGCUGGGAACCAUAUUUAUGCUGCUGCGGGGUGGAUUGGAAGUGGCAGUGCUAGUGUGGGGUUCAUCUCCGCAGCGAUACUGGUUAUCAUUGCUAGGGGCCCGUGGGAGGAGAAAUGGGUUGGGUGGAGGGGUGGCUGGAGCAUGAUCAAGAAAGACAAGGAUUCUGCGGAUGGGAAGACGGCGGAUAAAGAGAUGCAUGGACGAAUCGUACCAAGAGACGAAGAGGUUGGGGUUGAUGCUAAUGAGAAGGUGCUGCAGGAGGUCGCUGCGGAAGAGGGGCACGAGAGUCCGUUAAGGGAUGAAAACGAUGGCAAAGAGAGUAGAAAAGAGGGUGAGGUUAGAGAGACGAAAGUAUGA